UAUAUAACACUGUUUUAUAAACACAUGUGGGUAUCCUGAGAUAUACAGAGAGCCGGAAUAGUCGACUAAGUGUUCAGUAUUAGCGUGUAAGAGCAGCCGAUGGACGUGCAUCGGAAAGUCAUCUAUUCUCAAUAAAACGUCAAGAUUGCCUGUCAAACGAGACCGAGACCUCUAACGAGAUGUUUACCGCUAUCCGCAGUUAGUCGUCUUAAUAAUGUUAACAUUUGACUGAGAAAUUCAUCAUCGCAUUCUGCCCAUAAACGUGUCAUUGUAUGCGUGGAAGUGUGCACUGUUAUCAGUGCGUAGUCGCAAAAAUGGCAUCGUGUUAAUCGAAAGAAGAAAACUUUUCACCCUUUACAUGUAGUCGCGCCACGCGAUUACGCGCCGACAAUAUAUCUAUUUAUAGUAUCCAUUCGUAUGGCUUAGAUAAUUUCUCUUUAAAAAGAGUCCAAAAGGAGGACAUAAUUAUGUCGCUUCUCGGCAAGAGGAACUUUUUCGAAAGACUCUCCGGUCGUCUGACGCGAGACGCGCCGAGGAUAGAAGCUGCACCCAACGGAACGCCGUCGUGCUCCUUUGCAGCGUGCGGCAAUAAGGAGGAGCGCGAGGACAUUUGGAUGACCGAGAUUGACGAUGGCUGCAUCUCCUCCGAGGACAGCUCGAAUUCCGUCAUCUGCUCCAUACCGACGACGCCGAUGACGCAGGAGCAACCGUGGAGCAAGGAGCAAGUCGAGAAAGCGCUGUCGAAUCUUCCAGGGGGCGAGGUCGCCCUUUCCCUGAUCCCUGCUCUUCGAGACGACGCUCUGCAGCAGGCUCUGGAGGAAUUCUCCGGCUUGACUCUCAACGAGACUGCGGACUGCAGACAUCGCAAAAUCUCGUUGCCUAAGUUCGCAAACGGGUUUAGACAAAAGGCUAUAUUAGACAGCGAAAACGGGGCAGCGGCCGCCGCGACGCCGGGUCAGCUACUCGCAGGAUGGCCAGACACGUGUCUACUGAUUUCUAGCUGGUUGGGUCACGUGGAGAUCGCGAGGGCUUUACUAGACAAAGGCGCGCCAGUUUCCGCGAGUGACUGCGACGGAAGAACGCCGCUACAUCUGGCAGCUUGCACCGCAUCCGUGAAAGUUGUGGAGGAGUUACUGAAGCACGGUGCCAAUCCGCACGCAUGGGACCUCACAAAGAAAUGCAUCCCGUUGCACUGCGCCGCGGCGGCGGGUUGCGUCGUCACCGUCAGAUGCCUGAUCAAAUCGGGCGCGAAUGUGGACGCCGGAUUGUCCGGCAAGAGCCCGCUCCACUACGCCGUGCUGAACAACGCCGGGGAUUGCGUCGAGGCUCUACUGCAAGCAGGUGCUUGUCCCAAUAAUCCACAGGUUUAUACAGAGACACCUCUACACGUGGCGGCUAGUCUGGGCAACGUGUGUUGCACCAAACUGCUACUGAAUUAUGGGGCGGACGUCAGGGUGCAACUGGGAACCGCGAGGUCGACACCUCUGCACCUGGCAGCCGAAGAGGGGAGCGUGGAGUGCACCAGGUUGCUGCUGAAUGCCGGUGCGGCCUGGGAAUCGAAGAACUCGCGCGGUCAGACGGCGAUGCACCUGGCAGCGCUCGCUCAAUCCGCAGAAACGUUAGACGCAUUAAUAAAAGCCGGUGCGAAAGUCAACGAGGAGGACGACGAUGGGCGAACUCCUCUACAUGCUGCAGUUGCGAAAGCCUUGAGGAGCGGUGAACUGGUCAAGACUUUAAUACAGGCGGGCGCCUCGGUCAACAAGGCGGACAAUUUCGGCUACACGCCGCUGCACAUCGCGGCCCUGAACGAGAACUCGCCCACGGUGAUGAUGCUGGUGUCGAAGGGCGCCGACGUGACGGCGCGCACCAACGGCGGCGUCACCGCCCUCAGUUUCAUCAUACGCCGCACCCCGGAUGUGUUGGCGCGCUUCGUGGCGCGCUUCGAUCAAGCGAUCUCGCUGCACGAUCACGAGCUGGGCGACGUGGACUGCGAGCUGCGGCUGGACUUUCGGCCGUUGGUGCCGGGCGGCCGCGGCGAGACGGAGCUGAUGCUCUGCCUGGUGGAGGUCGGUCAGGGCCACGUGCUGAAGCAUCCGUUGUGCGAGAGCUUCCUCUACCUCAAGUGGCUGCGUAUCCGCAAGUUCUUCCUGCUCAGCUUGCUGUUUCACUCGAUCUUCGUCGCCCUCUUCACCGGUUACGUCGCGGCGACGUAUCUCUGGCAGGUGAAACAGAUCACCAACGUCCUCCUCUGGCCGGUGUUGGGCUUCACUUGCGUGCUCGCGGGCAAGGAAAUCUUCCAGGUCGCCCACGGUAUCUGCCCCUAUGCCAAACGCUGGGAGAAUUGGCUGCAGUGGAGCGUGAUCAUGGCGACCGCCAUCAUCCUGAUCCCGUUGGCGCAGACUUGGCAGCAUCACGUCGCCGCCCUGGGCGUUCUGCUGGUCUGGAUCGAGUUAAUGAUGGUGGUCGGCCGCUUUCCCAUGUUCGGCAUCUACGUGCAGAUGUUCACGCAAGUGUCCAUCAAUUUCUUCAAGUUUCUCGCGGCCUACGUCUGCCUCAUAGUCGGCUUCUCCCUCGGCUUCGGCGUGCUGCACAAGAACUACAAGUCCUUCGGCGAUCCACUGAUCAGUCUGCUCAAGACGGUGGUCAUGAUGUCGGGCGAGCUCGAGUUUGAGGAUGUAUUCUUCGACGAAAACGCGCCGAUCCAAUAUCCCGGCACGGCCCAUCUGAUGCUUCUCGCUUUCGUUAUCCUAGUGACGGUGAUCCUGACGAAUCUGAUGGUCGGUCUGGCCGUUUCGGACAUCCAAGAGCUACGCAGAUGCGCCGGCCUCGAUCGACUGGUGCGCCGGGCCGAGCUCGUGGCGCAUCUCGAGAACAUGCUCUUCUCCAAGCUGCUGGAUCGCGCCCCGGCGUGGAGGAUAAUACGGGCGUGCAGGAGGGGCGCGCUGCUGCUGCAUCCGCCGUAUCACUGCGCCCUGCACAUACGGCCGAACGAUCCGCGCGAGAAACGUCUACCGCGGGAGCUCAUCCGAGCGAUAUAUCGCCUGGUCAGCGAGAGGAAAACGCGACGGGCAAUGUUCAGAGACGGCGCAUCGAUGUUGCCGCGAAAUUCGCAUACCAUCGUGGAGGAUUCGAACUACGCGAGGCUCAGCAGGAUGUACAGCAACGACAGCAAUCAGCAGCAGCUAAACGAGCUGGCAGCCGAGCUGAAGAGAUGCUCGUACAACAUCAGCACGAAGCUGGACAGCUUGACCGAUAAAAUAGAGAGUAUCGCGAAGGACUUGGACGUAUCGGUGCAUUUACAUUAAUAUCGCCUAGCUAUUGUCAAAUCGAGCAUUUUGAAUUGUUUCAAACGAAAAGACGAAUAGAUAAAAAGACUACAAGAAUUAACAAGCCAAGAAAAGAAAAAGAGAACUUACGACGAAAGAGACUUAAAUCGCCAAGGCCUAACAAUGACAAUAGAAAUGCGAAUGUAACAAACCGCGAAUUUUUUAACAUGAUCACAAUCUACAUACAUACGCAAUCGCUUCGCAAAUUAUAUAAUUUCUAAAGCAGUUUCACUGAUU